AUGCCUCGCUUUGAAGACGCUGACCUUGGCGUCGAGUCCGCCGCUCCCCACAGCGAUGUGCAGGCCGCUCGCUCCCCCCGCGACGCCCAUGGCAGCAUUCCCAUCCCUAACGACCAGGGUGAGACCAUUGAAAUCCCUGCCACUCGCAGCUCUAUGAGCGGUACAUCCGCCAUGAUGCACCACCUGAGCCUGGGUCCCUCCAUGCGGGACCGUCGUGGUUCUCGCAACUCCUUCGGUACUUCUCUGCCCAUUCCCCGGUCUCCGCGUAUGUCGCGGAGCUCACGUCUGUCUCGUGCCUCCCGGCCGAGCGUCGUGGGACGGGACAUCAUGGCCUCCCAGGUGCAGGACAUGUCCCCAGAGAAGGUCCAGGCCGUCAAGAACAUGGCCUUUGCCUUUGAUAUCGAUGGUGUCCUGGUUCACGGUAACAACCCGAUCCAGGAAGGCCGUGAAGUCCUUAAGAUGCUGAACGGUGACAACGAGCUCGGUAUCAAGUUCCCAUACAUCCUCCUCACUAACGGUGGCGGUAAGACCGAGCUGGCUCGUACUGAGCAGCUAUCCGAGAUCCUGGAGCAGCCCAUCCAUCUCGACCAAUUCAUCCAGUCACACACACCCAUGCAGGCUCUUGCUGAGUAUUACGAUACCGUGCUGGUCUGCGGUGGCGAAGGCUACAAGAUUCGCGAUGUCGCCGAGCAGUACGGCUUCAAGAACGUUAUCCACCCCAAGGACAUUGUCGCCUGGGACCCCACGAUCUCCCCCCAGCGCUACUUCACCGAAGAGGACCUCAAGGGCGCCCGCCCUCGCGACUUCUCCAAGCUCAAGUUCGAUGCCAUCCUCUGUUUCGCCGAGUCCUGGGACAUGAUGACCGACUUCCAGAUCAUCAACGAUCUUCUCAUGUCCGAGGACGGAUACCUGCUCACUCGCACCAAGAACCCCAAGGAGCACAAGCACAUCCCCAUCUACUUCUCGCAAGGUGAUCUCCUCUGCCCCACCGAGCACAAGGGUCCCCCACGUCUCCACCUUGGUGCUUUCCGUCUAGGUGUCGAAGCCAUGUACAAGGCCACCUCUGGUAACGACCUCGAGCGUGUGCUGUACGGUAAGCCCGAGCGGGCCACUUACAUUUAUGCCGACGAGGUGAUGCAGGACUGGAUGGAGGAUCUCUACGGCGAGAAGAAGCUCCCCAAGAACAUCUACAUGAUCGGAGACAACCCGGCCUCCGAUAUCGUCGGUGGAAACAUGUACGGCUGGAACACCUGCCUUGUCCGCACCGGUGUCUUCCAGGGUGGAGAGAACGAUGAGGAGAACCCCGCCAACUUCGGUGUCUUCAAGAACGUCAAGGAGGCUGUUCAGGCUGCUAUCCGUAAGGAGCUUGGUGACGACUUCAAGUUCAAGUGGGAGUCCAAGAUCAACCCUGUCAUGCACGGCAACUCUCAGUCUGCUAUUGAGUAA